CAGCUGGCGCCUCGCGGCGGCCCCGCCCCUCCCCGCCGCGCGCCAGGUGAUGCCGGUGACCGGGGCGACGGUGCCGCCGGUGAGGCAGUGGCGGCCGUUACUGAUGGGGAAGACGAAGAAGAAGGAGGAGGCGGUGGCGAUAACGAUGAAUCUCGCGCCGGCCCCAUCGCCCGUCCCCGCCAGCUCGCACCUCGGGGCCGCCCCGCCCUGUCCCUGAGGCGCGGGGAAGCGCCGGUGGCCGGCACGAUAGCCCGGCUCCCCCACGGCCCCGGCCGCCAUCUCCCCCGCCGUCCUCGAUGUCUCCCCCGCGGCGCCGAGGCCCCGCCGCCGCCUCCCCGCCCUCUUGCUUCUCGCCGCCGCAGCCCUCCCGCCCCGCCGUCCGGCGGCGAGAGGCGUCCGGCCUGCCGGUUGUCAGGCCGUCGCUGCCGCCCGUCUCCCCCGGCUGAGGCGAGGCCCGCUGAGCCACCCGCCACGAUGAAGGUGGAAGCGGGCGACAACUCCAUGAUCAACCUGUCGGUGCAGCAAGUGCUGAGCCUGUGGGCUCACGGCACCGUCCUCCGCAACCUCACCGAGAUGUGGUACUGGGUUUUCCUCUGGGCUCUCUUCUCCUCUCUCUUUGUCCAUGGUGCUGUGGGAGUAUUAAUGUUUGUGAUGCUGCAGAGGCAUAGGCAGGGGAGGCUGAUCUCUGUCAUUGUGGUCAGCAUUGGAUUUCUGGGUUCUAUAACUGGAGCAAUGAUAACCAGUGCUGCAGUAGCUGGAAUUUACAGAGUAGCAGGAAAGAAUAUGGCUCCCUUAGAAGCUCUUGUCUUUGGUGUUGGACAGACAGUACUGACAUUAAUUAUCUCAUUUUCAAGAAUUCUUGCAACGCUUUGAGAUUUAUGUAGAAGGGGAAAAAAAAAUCCACUAGUUUAAAGAAAUCUUUAAUCUGAGAAGAAGCUUCCUGAAAGUGGAUUCAUCAGUUUACGAACUUGAAUUCUAGUGCAAGAAGAAGGAAGCUAUGUGGAACCUGCACUCCAAAUCUAGAGGUUCAGUCAAAUGAACAGACUGUCCUCUAGUGUCUGAACUGUUGUACUUCUGCACUGCGCCUUAUGUGCCUCAAUCGCAGGCAAGGUGCAAUCCAUGUGUGAGAAGUUGAGAUAAAGCACCUUGAAUUAGCUGCCAGUCAGGGUAAUGCUUGGUGAUGGGAUUAUUGUUCUUAACAGUGUUGUAAUAAAAUGAAGGGACACUCAUGAAAAUCGCUGCAUGUGCCAAACUUGGAGUUUAAUUCUUAACGGUUGGUUGGGUAAGCUUUGAAAUUGUAAUUAUAGAAGAAUGCUGUGAACAUACAGUCUACUUGAAUUCAGGAAAAAUAGCAAGAUAACUGACUUCUGUAUUAGCAGAAUAUCUUUGAAUACUGAAUGUUCUUAUUCAGCAUCCAAACUAACUGUUAGGUCUGUUUUGAAGUAUAGAUGAACAUUGAUGGGGUUUAAGAACCACAACUUUAGCAACCCUGAUGUAAUUAGCAUUAUGUGUAGGACUGCUCAUGGCAGUUUUCUGAAGCUCAGCACAUCAUUUCUUCAUGGGUUUAGCUUGUCGGAAAGCAGUAGUUUAAGGAGACUGUAUGGGGGUUACUAAGUAUAAUGUGUUGCGUAUGCACAAAGAAAUCUUAAAUUGUUGCUUUCCUUGAAAUUAUUUUGUCUUAAGCAGAGGUGGUUACCAGUCCUUCUGAAAAGCUCAGAAAGGCCACUUGUUGCACAUAAGCUCACUAUAUUUAUUUAAGCACUGGUAGGACUCAUAACCCUACAUGUAUUCUUUAAAGAACACAGAAAUAUAACAGACUUUAAAAGGGUACACCUACGAGGAAAAUAGAAAGGGGUAAAAAAAAUAUGUUCUGAUUUUCUACCAAACAAAAAUGUUGUGUUUAAUAAAUAGUUACUAUACUACAAAAGUUUGGAAGUGGGGCAGCGUUAAUGUAUUUACUACCUUGUUUCUGAACACUUUGUGUCUCUGGAAAGAUUAAGAUACCUGGAACUUUCAAGUACUUCAAAAGACUUCAGUAGUUUGUGCUUUUCUAGUUUAAAAGGGACAGUAGUGUUGUGCAUGUGAAAUGUCUUAAAUGUGAAUGUUUUGGAGUGAAUAGACAUUUUAAGUUUAAUUACUAAUUAUUUAUGAAAUGCAAAAUUUAAAGGGCACAAAAUUCAGUGUGAGGAAUAAGGGAUCUUUUACAUCUUUCCUCUAACUGAAUGCUUUCAGGAGUCAGCUUUUAAUGCUGACGGGAAGAGUAAAUUACUCAAAGGUUUUGCUAUUAAGAUGUCAGAAAGACUUUCAGAACUGCUGAAACCACUGGCACCUACCGUGCAAAUAAAAGAAUAUGGUUAAAAUACAA